ACUCCCACUGGUCCUCUCCAGACUCCAGCCCAGGAUCCGAAUCCUGGAAAUCAUUAUCCCAUCCAAUUUAAGAAGUAGGUUCGAUGUUCGACUGAAACUCGUUUGUUCAAAAGUGGGACCCACCAUCAGAUGUUAAACGGAAACCAAAUAAGAAUUACGAGUUAUGACUUAUGAUCUAUCUCCAACUUUUCUUCUCCGGCGACGGCGAGACAAUUCCGAUUACUUUAAGUCCUGAGACAACAUUUUCCUACACUCCUUUCGUCUUUCUCCUCGCCCUACACGGCACAGAGCUAGGCCAUACCAGACAAAGACACCGGAGGGCCAAAGGCGGCGAUUACGAAAUGCACCGAUCGCUUAACUGUUAUUGCAGAACUCUAAUAACCACCGUUCGACUACCUAUUCUACCGGCCAGAACCUUAACAAAUGCUUUUUAUUCCUCCACGCCCCGGAGACCUCACGAGCAGCCUUCCAAGGCACUGAUAGGCUCUCCGGCUCGAAUCCAGAAGCUCAUCGCCUCUCAGAAAGAUCCACUCCUCGCCAAAGAAAUCUUCGACCUCGCCUCUUUUGAACCGAAUUUCCGGUAUUCUUUCUCUUCCUUCCAUACUCUCAUCUGUAAACUUGGCCGCUCUCGCUACUUCUCUCUCAUGGAAAAUCUCAUCCAUCGCCUUAAAUCAGAACGUUACUCCGUCACUCCUGGUCUCUUCUCCGAUAUCAUACAAAUCUAUGGCGAAGCAAAAUUGCCUGAGAAAGCCCUCAAGACCUUCUAUAGUGUGCUCGAAUUCGACUGCAAGCCGCUCCUCCCCAAGCAUCUCAAUCACCUCCUCCUAGUCCUUGUUAGCUACACAAACUAUCUCCAUACGGCGUUUGAUCUCUUCAGGAGCUGCUCCGAUCGGUUUGGUGUAUCGCCCAACACCAAAUCCUACAACAUCAUGAUGCGUGCUUUUUGUCUAAAAGGCGAGUUAAGCAUCGCUUACAAGCUGUUCAAUCAAAUGUUUAAGAGAGACAUUCUGCCGGAUGUCGAGUCCUACCGGAUUUUGAUGCAAGGAUUGUGUAGAAAGAGUCAGGUUAACAAGGCGGUUGAUUUGUUGGAAGAUAUGCUGAACAAGGGAUUUGUGCCUGAUACAUUGACUUACACCACUUUGUUGAAUAGCUUGUGCAGGAAGAAGGAGCUGAGGGAGGCAUAUAAGCUUCUUUGCAGGAUGAAGGUGAAGGGAUGCAAUCCUGAUAUUGUCCAUUAUAAUACUGUUAUCUUGGGAUUCUGUAGGGAAGGGAGACCACUUGAUGCUUGUAAGGUUCUUCGGGACAUGCCUUCCAAUGGUUGCAUUCCGAAUCUGGUGUCUUACAGGACUUUGGUUGGUGGAUUAUGUGAGGCAGGGAUGCUUGAUGAAGCAAAGAAUUAUUUGCAGGAGAUGAUAUCGAAUGGGUUUUCUCCACACUUCUCGGUUUUUCAUGUUAUGGUUAAGGGUUUCUGCAACAAUGGUAGGACAGAUGAUGCUUGUGGGGUGCUUUUGGAAAUGCUCCGACAUGGGGAAGUUCCGCAUAUGGAUACUUGGGCGGAAAUUGUUCCGAGAACCUGUGAUACGGUUGAAUUGAUGAGAAUGGAGGAAAUAUUGGGGAAGAUUAUGAAGGUAGACAUAAACCGUGACACAAGAAUAGUGGAAGCAGGUGGUGGUUUGGAGGAGUAUGUAAUCAGGAGGAUACAAGCCAAAACAUGGAGGGCUUGAUCAUUCUGUGAUGUUGGGAGUAUGAGCUUUCUUGAACCUCUUCUUGAAGCUCAAGGUGCUAGUUAAUCCCAAUGGUUCUUAGCUUCACCAACUGCUAAGACAGCUCUCCAAAUAACAAAACAACGACACAAUGCCAAUCAAAUUUCAAUGUAGAAAAGAUGGUCAUUUGAGAGGAUGAAUGGAACUAGUUGAAGUGAAGUAAAAGAGUUCGAGGAUCAACACCAUUAUGGCUCCUUGUGGAGAAUGCGCUAGAGCUUUAUUCACUGGAUUAAGGUGGUCCAGAUAUGUCACAGUUCUUGGAUUAUUUUAAGUUGAGGAUAGAGGUGAGGUUGAGGAUCUUGAGGGCUGGUCCAAUUUCACUCAAUUGGGAAUCGCCAAUGCUAGAAACUCUAUGAGGGCAAGCAUGUGGAGCGAGGCAAUACUAUGUAUUAGUCUAAGACGAGCACAUCACAACGUGGGAGCGACCAUCGCAGGUGGUUAAUCUUUGAGAUGUUUUCCUUCAUUACAUCCUUCUGCCAAAUGUAUCUGUCUGCAUGGAGUGAAACUUGAUCAUUUGAUACUUGGCAGCAGCUAGACUAGCAAUUCAUCUUUUUUCUUUCAUGGUUCUUGACAUUGAAGUACAAGUGAGGAAUUCCUGGUGCAAUGACGUCAAUAAUAUUAGCGAUUUUGGAUUCCGAAGUUGGGUUUUGUUACUUAUGGAGAGUGUCCUGAAACUUGUAGGAGUUUCGCUCCCCUAGUUUCCAUUCAUUGUAUCAGUGAAAUAUUCUCAGGAGAGAUAUCUAAUAGGUCAUUACCUGCUAUAUCAAUUUGUUAUACAGUUUUGAAUUUAUUCCUUUCUGAAUCUCUAUAACCAUGUUGAAACAACUGGUCUACUUGAAAAUUUUGAUUUCAAAGGGAAUAGGAGAGUUGGAUGAUCA